GUAUAAUUAUCCUGAAAAUUUGGUUUGCUUUUAAAUUGUACUACUCUUAGAGGGCGUAUGAAAGUUUCCUCAGUGUACUUAAUAUAUACAAAUCAUGUCAGUCAAAGAGACAAAUGAUUAACUGAUGCUCAAUUGACUAUGCAAACAAGCCAUUAGCGCACCAUUAAGGGACUGUGUCUCCGUGACAACAUGUUCACUGUAGACCAGUUUGAGCAUGAUUGAACCCGAUGUUAGAUUUGGAUUUCAUUCGUAUCAAAUGGCUGAGGAGCUUGCCUCUUUGUCCUCUGCAUGUGGAUGUCGUAGGUAGGCGGGGAGGACGCCGCAGGAGGCUUGUUCACUCGGAUCUCUGCGUAUUCUGACGAGUUAUUUUGCGGUACAAGCUGGGCCGUCCUGCAGCCCUCCUUUGUCCGUAAAAUACGAAGGUCCGCGUAGUUCAACUCCUGCUCCCAAAAUAGACAGGAUUAAUAAAUAAAUAACUAUGGACCUAAAUGACAAGUACCUUGACUAGACACAACCACAAAGAUGUGCUCGCUGUAUACUUUCUUCCAGGUUCAAAGUCCAAAUUGAAAGCUUAGAGGAGACUUUGAAUCAGGACCAACAUCAAUGAUUACAGACUAGACACUAUCAGUCAUUAUUUAAGGUUGCAAGAACACCACCAUUUAUCUGUUGUUAUACCAAUGCAAUAUUAACCAUAGAAUCAAGGAGUUACAAAACUCUUAAAAAAGUGUUUGUCCAUCUAUUUGUUAGUUGGCAAGCUACUUCAGGAUGUUGAUGUGAAAGUAGAUACCGCCGCACACAAUUUCAUGACAGAUGUUAUCUCAUACAUGUGCUUUUCUUCGUAGUCCUUUCUUGGCCCACAGACCUAUUCAGUUUUAUUGUUUUUGUUUACAUAAUAAUGCUGACUGUAUUUGUCCUCUAGUUUUAUUCUGUCACAUAUUACUUAGACUUUUACACUAUACUUCAUGUAUAUCAAUGUGUAGCUAUUUAGAGGUGCUAAUUUUCCUGCAUAGAUGCAAACUGAAAAUAUUUACCUCAUUGUUUGUGUCUGCCGUGCUGUCUUGGCCUCGGCCAACUACAAAACACAAGAAAUAAACUGCAACGUGCUUGAAAAACAACACAAAUGUACGUCAUCUAAUAACAUCCAAUACAAUAACUGUAUUAAAAGACAUACAUAGUGCAAUGCAUUUACAUACAUAAUACAUUUUGACUUUUUUUAAGAAUGGCUAUCAGACUUACCUGUUCUGGUGAAGGUGUUUCUGCUGGUACGAUUCUUUGACCGUUUCCUGUUUAAAAAUGAUUGUAUGAUCCAUUUGUGAAUGUUGUAAAAAUCUUGCAUUCAACAAAAUUAGUUGCUGUACCAUGUUACCAUGCUGUAAUGUAGAUACCAUAGAAAACCAUAAAGUUAUUUUAUUCACAAUAAUUAUGACCCUGUAAUCAUGUUUAUUUUCUAUAAGCCCAUUUUUUAAACGACACCUUUGCUUGGCAUGAUGUGAUACUUACUGUUUAUUGUAAAUGUAGUAUCCUCCACCAGCAGCUGCUCCACAGAUGACCAAACUUGCAAGUACGAUUCCGGCUAUGCAACCAGCCCCGCACGGAGAUGUACUCUCCUCUGUUCAGGAAUACGGGCCGCUGUCGGUUCUCCUCACAGCGCGGAAGGACAAGACUCUGCCUUUUUCGUGCAGCGCCAUGUGGUCAUCCAGGACCAGGGCUGAGCCGCUCUUCAUCCACUCUCUGGUGAAGACUGAGCCAGCGGCAUCACAGGUUUGGUUCCCUGUGCGAUAGCUGCACUCCAUUAAGAGCCCAGGAAAAGCGAGCAGGUGGUCUGGAUUCAGCAGAGCAGGAAAGGACGAUGUUUGAUCCUUCGGCAAAGUAUUGUUCCGGUGAAGAUCCUUUAAGAUCUGACAAUAAGAUUCUGUGGAUCACUGGUGUCUUCGCUGACAGCAUUGGACGUCCGACACGCGAAUGCCGCCUGGUCAUAACGGGUUACGCCAGCAAUGGUGAGAGUGGCGUUUUCGUCAGUGAACUUAACUCUGUCGCUAGCCAUGACCUCGGAGCUGCUGUUCAGCCAGACGAAAACGAUGGACGUUCCAGACGAAGAGCAGGACAGACGGACUGUGCUGUUAAACUCCACCAGAUAAUCUCCAAGGGACUCUUUCCAUUGCUGCCUAAACAAGACACGCACAAGUCGGACAAUAAUAGAAGAGUGGACAGAGGAAUACAUCACAAUGUCUUACAAGCUUUUCAGGGCAACCUUCUUCAUGUUGCUAUAUUCAGGUCUUUGCUACGGAGCGGGCAUAAUCCCGCUUGAUUUACUUCGUGGGAUAGCUGGACAGACUGUCACCUUCGAGACAUCUCUAAAACCGACACCUGAACCGUUUCUGGCUCUGACUUGGAGCUUCAACCUUACCGACAGUAUCAUAACAUCAACCAGCGUGGAUGUGGAGGGACCGGGUUAUGAGGGCCGAAUCAGCCUGGAUAAGAGCACAGGCUCUUUGGUGCUCAGGAACCUGACAGAGGAAGACAGCGGGGAAUAUGAGUUAAUUAUUGUCCCAUAUGGCGCCGAGGCGAUUCAUGGACAUGUUAGCUUGGAGGUGCUGAGUGAAGUGUCCAUACCAAAUAUGGCCUGUCCUACUGAAAACUUGAUCGAAGGUAAAAGCUCUGUCAACUUAACCUGCGAUGCCAAAGGCAUUGUAUUAGACAGAGAGUGGAAGAAAGAUGGCAAGCCACUGCAGCCUGGGGACACGGUCGUUUUUUAUGACGGCGGCAGAGUGUUAUCCAUCAGUCCCGUGGACAGGCGAGACUCUGGAGUGUUUCUCUGCAAAGUCAGUAAUUCCAUCAGCUUUGAUACUGCCAAAUGCAAACUGAAGGUCUUUUACGGGCCUGAUGAAGCGAUAAUCGAUCAGGAUCCGGUCGGCGCGGAGCUUGAGGAGAGCGUCAAUCUGCGCUGCUCGGCCGAAUCACUGCCAAAGGCUAAAUUCUCCUGGAAGUUCAAGCGCAGUGUCAUGUACGGUCCUGAGUACUACAUCGAGGAGAUGGAAAAGCGGCACUUGGGGGAGUACACCUGCACGGCGCAUAACGAAAUCACUGGUCUGGAGGCUUCUGCGGUCCACACAUUGCGGGGAUCAAGUUAUGGAGCGGGAGUGCUCCCCGACAAUCUUGUUGCAAUCGUAGGAGAAACGGUGAUGUUUAACACAAUGUUGACUCCACCGCCAAACCCAUUUCUGGCUAUCACUUGGAGAGUCUUGGAUAUUUCUGGUACCAGUACUAAUGUAAUAACAUCAAGCAGCACAAAUGUGACGUCGCCGGCAUAUAAAGACAGGAUCACCCUCUUUACUCAAACUGGCUCUCUGGAGCUGAGGAACGUGACCCUGAGAGACAAUGGAGACUACAAAGUCGCCAUCAUACCAGCUGGUGGAGCUCACCAGGGAGGAACAUGUAAACUUCACAUACAAGAACUGAUCACCAAUGUGGUCUUGGUUCCAAACACCACUGACUUACUGGAGUCAACCAGCUCUGUCACUAUGACUUGCUCCUUCUCUACUGGAUCAGGACUUUCAUUCCUUUGGUUUAAUGGCAGCUCUGAGAUUACAGCCAGCGACAGAGUUCAGCUCACUGAUGGAGGCUCCAAGCUCACCAUAGUCGGUGUGACACGCUAUGACCAGGGACCGUUUAGGUGUCUCGUGUUUAAUCUAAUCAGUAAUGGCACCAGCAAUCCAGUCAACCUCUUCAUCAGCUAUGGCCCAGAAAACAUCCGUUUAACUACAUCGCCAUCACUAGAAUACUUCAAAAAAGGGUCGAACAUCAGACUGUCCUGCUCCGCUUCAUCCAGACCUCCUGCAUUGUUUCAGUGGUUUCUCAAUGGUGACCCUUUGUCCGCUACUGGACCGCUGUUAGUACUUACAAACGUUCAGGAAAACCAGAGCGGGAACUACAGCUGCCAUGCCUCCAAUAACAAAACUCAGAAAUAUCAAACUCGGAUCUCAGCUAUUACUAUAGUGGCACCAAUUUCCUCUGUAGAGAUCAAGGCUAAUGCCACUGACAUUUUAGAAUUCAGUGGUUCCGUCAGCCUAUCCUGCUCCACCACUGGAUCCUUGGCCUCGUUCCUCUGGCUGAACAGCAGUUCAGAAGUCACAGCCAGCGAGAACGUUAAAAUUACGAAUGGAGGUUCAAUGCUCACCAUAGUCAAUGUGACUCGCUAUGACCAGGGGCCUUUCAGGUGUCAUGUGAUCAAUCCGAUCAGUAAUGGCACCAGCAAACCAGUCGCCCUGUCUAUCAUCUUUGGGCCAGAGAAUAUUAAUUUGAUAAGCUCUCCCUCCCAAGAACAAUACGACGAAGGUUCGGACAUUAGCCUUGUGUGCUUGGUUGACUCAGGCCCUCCCCCACUGUUCCGUUGGUUCCGAAAUGGAGACCUGCUGUCCUACGCUAGACCGGAACUACAACUUUUGAACAUUCAUCUGGAUCAGAGUGGAAACUACAGCUGUCAGGCCUUUAACAACAAAACUCUGAGGAAUCAAACAUCGGCGCCUGUAGCAAUUUCUGUGACAAGAUCAGAAAUCUCCAAUGUGGUGAUCAUUCCCAGCACCACAGAAGUGGGAGAGUUCAGCAGCUCAGUCAGUCUUUCCUGCUCUUGUAGUGGAUCUUUCCCCAGUUUUUCUUGGCGGAAUGGCAGUGCCGAGUUGACGGCCAGUGAACGGGUCCACAUCAACGACAAAGGUGACGUCGUUACCUUAACUAGCGUGAGCCGCUAUGACGAGGGACCUUUCAUGUGUUUGGUGUUUAAUAACUUCAGCAACUCCACCAGCCGUCCUGUGAAACUCUCCAUCAACUAUGGGCCAGAAGGCAUCGAUUUAAAGUUAUUUCCGUCACAAGAAUACUUUGAGAGAGGGUCAAACAUUAGCUUGACCUGCUCUGCUGCAUCCAGACCGCCUGCCGCGUUUCAGUGGUUUCUCAACGGAGACUUGCUGCCUAAAACCAGACCGGUGCUCAAACUGAGGAAUGUUCAAGAGAAUCAAAGUGGGAACUACAGUUGUCGGGCUUUUAAUAGCAAAACUCUGAAAGACCAGACAACCCAACCAUCAUCCAUCUUCAUACAGACACCGGUUUCCAAUGUGGUUCUCACUUCAAAUGUCACCGUGAUGUUUGAGUUCCACUCCGUCACGAUGUCCUGCUCCUUCUCUACGGGAUCAGGACUCGCUUUCCAUUGGUUGAAUGGCAGCUCUCCGGUCACGGCCAGCGAGAGAGUUAAUAUUAUGGACGGAGGUUCCAUGCUUACCAUCGUCAACGUGACCCGCUUUGACCAGGGACCAUUCAGGUGCAACCUGUCCAAUGGCGUCAGUGAUGAAAUCAGCCGGCCGAUGCAUCUUUUUAUCCAGCAUGGACCUGACAGCUUGACUAUCGAAGGCCCGGACUCGGUCCACAUCGGACAACACAUAAUGCUUCACUGCUCUACCAUGUCCCUACCGACAGCGAGCUUUACAUGGCUAUUUGACGGAAACCCUGCGGGUGCACACGGGCCUGUGUACCUCAUCACUUCAAGCAGGGGCUCUGACGCUGGGAAAUACACCUGCACUGCCCAAAAUGCAGUAACAGGAAAGAGUGUAACAGGACACCACAAGUUAAACGUUUUGGAUUUCUCCGACUGCGACUGCUCGGUUGCUGCCGGAGUAGUUUCUGCCAUCACCAUUGGAUGUUGUCUUCUUAUCGUCAUAGUGAGCGUAUUGUUGGCAUUUGGGCUGAAAAGACGGAGAAGGGUCAGCACCAGAUAUCCAACACACAAACGAGCAAAAAGUAUGAGGCUGGGGCACACCGACACGUACAAAAUUGGAGCGAAAUCUCAAAGCGACGUGUAGGAGCAUCCUUUGAAGAAAAGGAAGAAAUGAGGACGUCCUCCAUGAACAAAACUUAACAGACGCCUCUUGUUUUUAUUUAUUCAUUCCACACAACUCCAGUUAUCUGCACGGAUGUAUUAUUUCUUAUCG